UAGAAUUCGCUCAACUAUUACCAUAGAACCUUCGCAAUCCUUGCUGUUUUCAGAGAUCAGCCAUGGCGACUCCGACCUCUACGAAUGCCAGAAUUCUCCAGGGACUAGACUCCUGGUUCAUCUCUGGACCGAUGUUCCGGAGGGAUCGACGUCUUCGUGAAGCAAGAGUCAAUGCAGACCGAGCCCAACGUGAAUUGAGGCGAGACCGAGGAGAUCUGGAGCGAAAAGAGAGGCAUUUGAUGUCCCAGCUCAAAUCUUAUGCCCAGAAAGGCGAUAUCCACAAAGCGAAAUGCCUUUCACAUCAAAUUUCUCACUACCGGGUUACCUCAGACCGUAAUUUUGAGGCUGCUGUUAUGAUUGAUACCAGAGCACAGCUCUUUGUGUCAAACCACGUUGUUAAUCGAGCUGAAGUAGAGGCCAUCAAGGGUAUACGAUACGCGAAUGUAGAAGAAGAUCUGAAGACUGUACAGCAGCGGCAAGAAAAGUACGACACGCGCCUGGAUAUGUACGAGACCAUGGAGGACAUCAUGAACGAAGGCAUGGACGACGUUUACGAAUGGGGUGAGACGCAUCACAAUCGUCCAAAGGAAUUUGAACAGGAAGCGGACAGCGUAGUUCGUCAAAGCAUCGAACCGAAAUGGGGACGAGAAUACUUUGAGCGAGAUUCAGCUUACAUCAGAGGCGGACCAAUCUCACAUACGCAGCACUCGCUCCACAUAAAUGUGCGACUCUUUAACCCCCACCGUCCACCUACACCGCACACAGUCACCUCCCUCUCUGGUUCUUCACCAAAACGCAGCGCCAAGAGCCUCUAUAACCGCAUGCAAGCUUCGUCCACUGGAGCGACUGUAUACGUACCAACUCUCGAUAUAUCCGUCGACAUGCUCCAAAGACUGCUUACGAAAGAUGCCCAUGCCAUACGACAACUUGGCUUAGAAUCUGAGAAAAGAAAGAAAGGUACAUGGAAAGGCAGCGUUUACGAUGCAGUCUUUGGAAGUGCGCGACGAUUUAGAGUCGGGAUGAUCGUUGGUGGAGAUGCCUUCAAUGAUCACGAUGGCGGCAGGUUUGUGCCCUAUGAUUUCACGGAAAGCUUGAAACAGCUUGGUUUGAGAAAUGGUGGAGUGGUUUGGGUAGAGCCAGUUGAGGAGAAGGAGGAAAGCGAUGAUGAGUAGGAGGGCGAAAUGGAGGUGUUUUAACGCAGCGUAGAUAGCUAUGCUGUGGGAGCCAUAUAAAGGCUGAUCCGGUCGGCAAAACUCUAUUGUAAGAGAGUCUAGAACACAGGCUGGGAUACGUUGACAUGGGGCUUUCUAUAUAUAGGGAUCGUGUAAUAUAUGGCUUCCGGUUUCUGAAGACCGCUCGGCAUUGUCGG